GUUGUGUGAUAGCUGAGCUUUUCACGGAAGGUGUACCCUUGUUUGAUCUCUCUCAACUGUUGGCAUAUAGAAAUGGACAUUUUUUCCCUGAACAAGUGCUAAAUAAAAUUGAAGAUCACAGUAUCAGAGAAUUGGUAACUCAGAUGAUCCAUUGUGAGCCAGAAAAGCGUUUGGAGGCUGAAGAUUACUUGAAGCAGCAGCGUGGCAAUGCUUUUCCUGAGAUAUUUUAUACUUUCCUUCAGCCUUACAUGGCUCAGUUCGCAAAGGAAACCUUUCUCUCUGCAGAUGAGCGGAUUUUGGUUAUACGGAAAGAUUUGGGCAACAUUAUUCACAACCUCUGUGGACAUGACUUGCCAGAAAAAGCAGAAGGGGAGCCCAAGGAAAGCGGAUUGGUUGUCCUGGUGUCUGUCAUAACCUCGUGCCUGCAGACUCUCAAGUCCUGUGACUCCAAACUGGCCGCCUUGGAGCUCAUUCUCCACUUGGCCCCGAGGCUGAGUGUGGAGAUCCUUCUGGAUCGCAUUACUCCCUACUUGUUGCAUUUCAGCAAUGACUCGGUUCCCAGAGUGAGGGCUGAAGCCCUGAGGACGCUCACCAAAGUUCUUGCCCUUGUCAAAGAGGUUCCCCGUAAUGACGUCAAUAUCUAUCCAGAGUACAUUCUGCCAGGCAUAGCCCACCUGGCCCAAGAUGACGCCACUAUUGUGAGACUGGCCUAUGCUGAAAACAUAGCUCUAUUGGCCGAAACAGCUCUGCGGUUCCUAGAACUAGUACAGCUAAAAACUCUCAACAUGGAGAACGACCCGGAUAGUGAAGAAGUAGAGGAAGCCACACAUCCGAACGGAGACUACGACACAGAGCUCCAAGCCUUGCAUGAAAUGGUCCAGCAGAAAGUUGUCACUUUGUUAAGCGAUCCUGAAAAUAUUGUGAAACAAACUUUAAUGGAGAAUGGAAUCACGCGUUUGUGCGUCUUCUUCGGACGUCAGAAAGCCAAUGAUGUGUUGUUGUCCCACAUGAUCACAUUCCUAAAUGACAAGAAUGAUUGGCACCUGCGGGGAGCUUUCUUUGAUAGUAUAGUUG